AGCAAGGAGUGGAGAGACUUGCUGUACUUCUGGGAUUUCAAGUUUCACUUGGGACAAAGAAGAGGUUUCGAAACACAACAGACCCCAAAAAGGCAAGCUGAAGAGAGAACACACACACAGACCAAGCGACAAGAAAUGACCAUGACUACCAUGCCAGAGAGUCUAAAUAGCCCCGUCUCAGGGAAGGCUGUCUUUAUGGAGUUUGGGCCGCCCAGCCAGCAAAUGUCUCCUUCUCCCAUGUCCCAUGGACACUAUUCCAUGCACUGUUUACACUCCGCGGGCCACUCUCAGCCUGACAGCUCGUACAGCACAGCUUCGUCCUUCUCCCGACCGCUGGGCUACCCCUAUGUGAACUCGGUCAGCAGCCACUCGACCAACCCCUACAUCAGUUCAGUGCAGUCCUACCCCAACAGCUCCAGCCUGACUCAGACCCGGUUAGAGGAGACAGGGGCCGAAUCGGAGAAAAGCACUGUGGUAGAAGGAGGGGAAGUUCGCUUUAAUGGGAAAGGGAAAAAAAUCCGCAAACCCAGGACUAUUUACUCCAGUUUGCAGCUACAGGCUUUGAACAGGAGGUUCCAACAGACUCAGUACCUGGCUCUCCCCGAAAGAGCCGAGCUCGCAGCAUCUCUGGGACUCACCCAGACCCAGGUGAAGAUUUGGUUUCAGAACAAGCGCUCCAAAUUCAAGAAGCUGAUGAAGCAAGGAGGGGCCGCCCUGGAGAGCAGCGCCUUGACCAACGGCAGGGCUCUCUCGGGCAGCUCGCCACCCGUGCCUCCAGUGUGGAAUACCACCUCCGCCUCUGGUAAGGCCUCGUCGGGGACCCCGGGCACCUACAUCCCCAGCUACACGUCGUGGUAUCCUUCGGCCCACCAAGAAGCUAUGCAGCAGCCGCAACUGAUGUGAUUAUAUAUACGUUUUCCCCUAACGCAAGCACUAUCGGUCUCAAAAAGAAUUAAAAUUAUUACAAAAAAAAAAAAAAAAAAAAAAACCAACAAAACA